UUUAACUUGUCGCGGGAAACUCGCUUCAAAGCACUCCGAUCAACCCGACCCCAAGGGGCUGCCGGCUUAGGUUUUCGCUUUUUUUUUUCUUUUCGGAACCCGCCAUUUGAACAUAGCACCGGAAACCCAGAGGUGCGUACUGUUUUAUGAGACAAGUAAUUGGUCACCUGUCCUUACUGGCCUGCGCAUUGAUAUUAGUGCCCUUUGGCUGUAAACUGCGGAACAAGGCGACAACCUCGGCGUCUCUGUAUUGACAAGUGAUAACCACGAGUGACUCUCCGGGAUUUGAAAAACGCCAGCAUGUCUCGUCGCACUUCUCAACAAUCGCAACCCCCGCAGUCGCCAGAAAUGGACCUCGAAGUUACAUUCCGUCCUGGCGGGAAGCACAUUCUGUCAGCCUUGCUCGCAUCAGUCAAAGACUUUUCACCGAACCCAUCCGUUAACUUUGUUUUCACCUCCCGUGGGCUGUCCGUUCGGUUUGCUGCGCAUCCAACAGACGAUAAGGCUGUCGUAUCAUUCACGCUCGAUGCACCAGUUCAAGAAGGCGAAACGGUAGAAGAUGAGCCAGCAAGCCCUGGAUCGUCCGUUGCGAGUGAAGGAGGUGCAUGGAGGAGGGAUUCCUCAGGGAGUGUACCUGCGGACGGUCCUAACUUGUGGGGUGCUGGGACGGGAGGCAGUAGCGGUGGCGGAACGUGGGAUUCAUCUCGACGAGUGUCGGGCGGAAAUGCUGCAAACAACCCGGCCGGAACGAUUGGAUCAGGAUUCCCAAGUGCUUGGGGACAAUCAAAAUGGGAUGCUCCUAGACGGGCUUCAGGUGGAAGCACCGUCAGCGCGGGAGGUGGCGCUGGAUGGGGAGCUGGAACCAGGCUCUCCGGUUCCAGUACAUCAUUAGCCGCCCCGAGCAAUGGCCUCUCACUCAACAUUUCGCGUCCCCCUUCGGCUGCUAGCAUAUCGAGUGUAUCUAGCCGUGCUGGAAGCGAAGUAGAUGCCGACACGGUCACACCAAAGUCUAUAUGGCCGCACAUUGCGCAUGCUGGGGUCUCUGGGUGGACAAGUCCGUUCUCAACCUACCAUCUCCGCAAGCCCCAGGUCGCGAUUGGGCUGAAUCCGCGGGUGCUUCUGCAGCAGCUCAUACUUUUGGAUGAUGAGGAUAGUCUGACCAUUCGAGCAGACGUAGGCGAAGCUGGCGUUGUGAUGCUAUAUGAAUUGUAUUUUGAAUCCUCUGAUGGUGGAAAAAAGUGUAUGUACGAAAUGGACGCUAUGCCUCGAUUAGAUAGGUUAGGUCCCCUCCCACGACCGCGGUAUCAUCACAUUUGUCAGAUUGCAUCCCAAGAAUUCGCAAAGAUCUUUGGAGCCUUGGGUGAUACCAGCGAUAAAGUGAUCAUUUCCGCGAAAAAGUCGUCCAUCACAUUUUGCUCUUCGGGUGCGGAGGGAACAUUGCAGGUUGGAUUGGCGCAACGGCCACUUCCGAAUGGGGAACCAAAUCCGCGUUUUAAAGUCCACUGCCACUCCGCCUCCCUGCGUCAGACCUUUGAUUCGCGUUACCUUCGCGGGUUCACCCUCGCUACGCCACUCUCGCCGUCCGUUGUCUUGUACUUUGGUACCGGACGUACGCCUUUGCGCCUGACAUUCCCCAUCGUGGUAGACAUGGAAUUAUCAUCUGAUGGGACCAAGGAAUCGAUGACCCUUGCCUCUGGAAAGACGCUUGGCCCUGGCGGAUUUUCUGUGAGUAUGAGUCCUUUUGUGGGAUCAGAGAGAGCUGGAGAGAGCAGUAGUAAACGACGGACUGUGAUUGGUGUGGUGGAGUACAUUUUAUGGCCAGAAGCCGAACGAGGAAUCGGAGAUUUGAGGGUUUAGACAUUUCACAAAUGAUUUAAAGAUUCUAGAGCAUUGGGGAAGAAAAACGUACAGAAUAGAGUGGCGAGAGUGUGGUAGCUUGGUGUCGUGGCUUCUGUGGGUUUCCAAGUUUGGUGUAUUUUAUAGACAUCCGAUAGACUCUAUACUGCCUUACAGUCAACCCUAAGAUCCUGCUGUAUCUGCAUAAGACAACUCCGAAGUGCUUCUGAUUUCUCGUGGCGUUACCUUGGUUGCCUCAUCAAGAAUCACACGGCAUAUAAAAGAUAGAGCAUCCUUAAGUAUGGAACAC